GAAGGGAAGUAUUGCUUGCUGGAUCACAUUCAUUCCUUUUGUUUUGUUUAAAGGAAUUUGCUUUGUUUCCUUUACAAAUGUUCCCAUUUAUACACAUUAUUAUUCCACAUACACAAUUAACAAAACAACUUCUUCCUCAAUAUCAUGAAUCAUGCCUCAACUCAAAUCAUGAAGACCCUCCUAGAUGCUGACACCAUUGUUAACUUGAACAAUCAAAAUAAUAUACUAGGUGUUCCUUCACACCCUUCUUCUUCUGCUGCUGUAGAAGCAGUUCUACCACCAAGCUUUUGCUGUUACUAUGGAGUUGAAGGUGAAAAUGUUGGAUGGUAUCCACCACUCCCUGUCUUGCCCCUUAAAUCCGAUGGCUCUCUCUUUGACAUAGAAGCUCUCAGCAGAACAAAACAACAAGCGCCAAAACUGGAGGAUUUCUUUGGUGGGCAAAGCCAAACAACGGUGACUCCUGAAUGCAACAACGCCAGAGAAGCACUGCCUCUGAACUAUAACAUGUUUCACAAUCCAAAUUAUCUAAAUCAUGUACAAGAGAAUAUCAACUUGCUUCAUGAUGUUAACCAGCAACACUCAUAUUAUUCUUCUGCAUCAAGAAACAACAACAACCAUCAUCAGGUGAUGCUACAAGGAUACAAUAUGGCUAAGGAGGAAGUGCCUGGUAUCCACCAUGCAAUGGAGGCAAAACUGGUUGUUCCUUUGGACGAUAAUAGAGGUGAAUCGCUGUCCAUUGGAUCGGUGGCGUUCGGGGAUUUACAGUCACUGAGGUUGUCCAUGAGUCCAAGCUCCCAAUCAAGUUGUGUCACAACCUCACAACAAGCAUCACAUGCUGUCAUGAGCACUUCAAAGAAGAGGGUGCAUGAUGAAAUGGUGGAGCAGAACCAGAAGCAAAUUGCUCAUAGAAAAUCCAUUGAUACCUUUGGUCAGAGAACAUCUCAAUAUAGAGGUGUUACAAGGCAUAGGUGGACUGGUAGAUAUGAAGCUCAUCUAUGGGACAAUAGUUGCAAGAAAGAGGGUCAGAGUAGGAAAGGAAGGCAAGUUUAUCUAGGGGGUUAUGAUAUGGAAGAAAAAGCAGCGAGAGCUUAUGAUUUGGCUGCACUCAAGUAUUGGGGACCCUCCACUCAUACAAACUUCCCAUUGGAAAAUUAUCAAAAUGAGCUUGUGCAAAUGAAGAACAUGACUAGGCAGGAAUAUGUUGCUCAUUUACGAAGAAAAAGCAGCGGAUUCUCAAGAGGGGCUUCAAUCUACAGAGGAGUAACAAGCAGACACCAUCAGCAUGGAAGGUGGCAAGCCCGAAUUGGAAGAGUGGCUGGAAACAAAGAUCUAUAUCUUGGGACAUUCAGUACCCAAGAGGAAGCUGCUGAAGCAUACGACAUUGCUGCUAUAAAAUUCCGAGGAGUUAAUGCAGUAACUAACUUUGAAAUAAUCAGAUACGAUGUGGAAAAAAUUAUGGCAAGCAAUGACCUUCUUAGCAUUGAACAAGCUAGGAGAAAAAGAGAGGUCAUUGUUAAUAAUAACCAUAAACCAUCUACUAUUGAAGAAUCGAUUCUAAUGCACAAGAGCUGCAAAAACCCUCAGAUCAUGAUGAUUAAUCAUCCACCAACAAUGGCAUUAGAGGAGGAAUCAAGUAGUAAGACUGGAACACAUAUUUCAAAUGAAGAUAAGACAGGUUUGCCAAUUCUCUAUGGAAGACCUUCAACAACAGCAGCCUCUACUAGAUUACUGGCUACCAUUCCAACCGGUUGGGACCAACCACCAUCACAUCUGAGACCUAAUAAGCUUUCCUUGCCUCAGAUGCCAGUUUUUGCUGCAUGGACAGACGCAUAAUCUUAUACAUAUGAUGAGCCAUGUUAUUUACUUCACACUAACGAAACUUAGCUUAAUGGUGGUAACUAAGAAAAGAUUAUGCCUUAUAAUGGGUUCAUACCAAAAUUACAAGUGGAGAGGUUAGUGUUGGCAUGCGCAAGAAAUAGGAAUUUUCCAUAAGUUAGAUGUUGAAAAAAUAUUUCCAAUUUAUUUGUGCUUUUUAGUUUUUUUUUUCUCUCUUGAAAAAAUUGGCAAGCUGUUUUAUGCAUGCAUGUACACAAAAAUGUUUGAGUCACACUCAAAUGCAUUAGGUUAUAAAAAAAAUG